GGGAGUGGGAAUAAAGACAGAUAGCGGAUCGGCGCCCGAGAGGAGAGGGCCGGGGGAAAGCCAAAGAAAGUUUGUGACUUAACUUGGCUGCUGCUGCUGGAGCAGCAGCAACAGCCGAUCAGCCGCUAUGCUGGAGGUGGGCGGCGUGCUGGAGGUCGGAGGGCUGAGAUCGCCUUAGGAAAGGGAGGGAGAGGAAAGUUUUAAGAGCUGGAAAAAGUUGGGAGGCCAAGCGAAAGCCCCCUUCCGUCCUUCUUUCCCUCCCUCCUGAAGAGACCCGUGGGUCAGAAAGACAGACCUCGCGGAGGAAAGGCGGGGGUUGGAUAGAGGGGGGGGGGUCACCCAGUGCUCGAGAAAGGGACCCUCGCGAAGAGGGAGGGAGGGAGGGAGGGGGAGCGAGCCAUUGCCGCUUCGGGAGGGCAAGGAUGAGCCUGUUGUCAGCCAUCGACACCAGCGCUGCCUCGGUCUACCAGCCUGCCCAGCUUCUCAACUGGGUCUAUCUGUCCUUGCAAGACACGCACCAGGCCAGCGCCUUCGAUGCCUUUCGCCCGGAGCCGCCUUCCUCCCAGCAUCCGGAGCUGAACUAUCCCAGCAAGAACGCCGCCGACCUGGGCUCUUCGCUCAGCUCCAGCUAUCUCAACAGCAUCUUGCAGCUCCAAAGGAACGAGGCACUAAGCAGCAGUCUAUACAAGAGUGCCUCUCCAUACGGUUCCCUUAAUAACAUAGUAGAUGGCUUGAGUUCCCUCACUGAACACUUCUCAGACCUAUCCCUCUCGUCAGAAGCUAGAAAGCCCAGCAAGAGACCACCGCCCAACUACCUGUGCCAUCUUUGCUUUAACAAGGGACACUACAUCAAGGACUGUCCACAGGCACGUCCAAAAGGAGAAGGUCUUACACCGUACCAGGGGAAGAAGCGCUGCUUUGGUGAAUAUAAAUGCCCAAAGUGCAAAAGAAAGUGGAUGAGUGGAAACUCCUGGGCCAACAUGGGGCAAGAAUGUAUCAAGUGCCACAUUAAUGUCUAUCCUCACAAGCAAAGACCCCUGGAAAAGCCUGACGGUCUGGAUGUUUCUGAUCAAAGUAAAGAACACCCUCAGCACCUCUGUGAGAAAUGCAAAGUGUUGGGUUACUACUGCCGCCGUGUGCAAUAAACGUACUCCCGGAUCAGCUUCGCCACCACUUUUUGAGAUUCUCUGGCAGCAAACAACUGUCAAAAGGAAGAGGAAGGAAAAAUGUCUGACAAGAACCGCCCCUCCCACAAAUCAAUAUUGCCUAUCAAUAAACUAAUAAUAUGCCUUACUUUUAAUAGAAUGUAACCCUUUUCCUGUGUAUGUUUAUACAUGCAAGUUGUAUUUAUAGGACUACAGUGUGUUUUAUAUAUGUGUGUGUGAAGCAGAAGUUACCGGUGUCAGGCACAAGGUGCCAAAGUCUGCUGUGGUACAGCCUCCAGUCUUUCAUGCAAGUCUUGUGUGACAACCCCACGCAAAUACGCUGGAAAGGCUGGGGACUUGUGCGAGAGCAGUUCUUGCUGGACUGUGCCAUGUCGUGUUCAUGAUAGAAUAAUUAAUGUGGUUUCUGUUGAUUGUUUACACAGCUACAGUAUCCUGCCGGGGUGAAACAGCAUUGCUUAUCAAGAAAGGUAUAUAAAAAUCAUGGUGAUACAGGUGAAUUGUGUUAGUGGGUCUUGCAGACAGUAGACAAAAUGGAUAGUAUGCUCAGUAAGAGUUCUAGCCAGUACCAUAAGCAAGAUGUUUUUUUCUAAUGCAUCAAGGGCUGAGCUAGGGGAAAAAAAGAUUUGAAGAAGGCGGAAAUAUUAACUUUUCUUGACUUUAAGGUUGGUCUGAAAGUUCUGUCUGGUGUCUUGUUUUCUAAGAGUCCUUUAGGACCACUGGGAUGAGGCUUUUGGUGGACAUUCAGUUAACAGAGACUGAGGGUGAAAAAGAACAAGUGAAUAAUUGUCUGAGGUUGGGAUUUGCUCGGAGAAGUAAUGGUAGAACAGGGAGGGUCAAUUAGAAAUUUAUCUUCCUUAAACAGCAAUCUUAAACAGGCUUAUUCUGAAAUCGGUUCCACAGUAUUAUGCAGAUGUACUUCUGAGUACGUGCACUCAGGAUACAUUCUUUUAAAUCAUUUUUUGCAGGCUAUUGCCAACCAAUACCGUCGCAUGGUUGCGAUUAUCUUCGCCUUUCUCCUUCUCUAUGUACUUGCUAUGCAAGUGGAAGCAACACUUCCUACCAUUUUUGAGCCAAAACCAAUAUUUUCAUGUAGGUAACCGGACAAAUGCAACUUUGAUCUUAUAUCAAGCUAGCCCUGCCUUGCCCUGCCUCCCCCAAUGGCCCCCACUCUGGUUGCUACCCUGCCAGAAUUGUUAUAUCCUCUUAGGUCAUAUCCAGUUUCUCAUGUCCUCUUCUGCAGUUUGACCCAUUCAUUUCUAUAGGAUAGAGAUCUUUCCUUGUUUCAUGACAUGAGAUGAGGCUUCGCCAGCUGGUAGGCUAGGCAUCCAUCAUUUUACUGUCUUUUCAUACCACACCCAUCACAUAGGCUGUCCCAACAGUGUCAUUGCAUGAAGACAGUCCUUAUGAUCAUCAUGAGCAGACCAGUGCUGGUUUGAAUAAACCAGAUUAGUCAUCCCCUCGUGGACUAACAUGCCAAAGAUUUUUUGGUGGUCUUCUGAUGACACCACCAAACAUCUGAAUUGUUCUUGAGCUCAGAAUGGCAGAAGAAAAUUGUGGGAGUUGAGACAGAAGGGUGGACAAAAAAGUAUAAUUAACUUAUUUUCAUCACUGCUUACAAACUUCAGUUUACCCCAUAUUUUGUUCCCUGCAGCUCACAGAAUCCCCCAAUGGCCUUGCAGGCUUUUACAAGCUAUGUUGGACCACAAAUUCAAAUUGCACCCUAAACUAUGUUGCAGGUCAUUGCAGGCAGUACAAAUAUUGAGGAACAGGGUGGGCCUGGGUAAAUUUACUGUGAAUAAUGGGAAAAUGAUUCCCCAAAAAGCAUGUUUGCUGUAUAUACUCUUCCUAAAUCCAAUGAUGAUUUCAUCAAAAUAAUGUCCAACUGUACCAAUUUCCCAAUAAAGACCCAAUGAUAUAGCUCAUCUACAGGGACUUCAUUUGCACAUGUAAAGAAAAUUGCUUUGGAAAACCUUCCUUUGUCCUUGUCUUCCAAAAUAUUACUGUACAGUUAGGGAAAAUAUAAUAUUUGCACCAAAUCUAUUAAGCGGUAUGGCUUGUGGACCAAGUUAAAGGGGGUGCCCCCUUAGCCAAGUCAUGAGCCACCUAUGCUGUUAAAUAUUAAGUCUUACUGCAAAGCAAACACAUAAUGGGAGCUCAUUUAAGUAAGAUUAAGACAGCAUCUUUUCUUCCUAUGUUACAUAUGAAUUGAAGAUCACAGAGAAAAUAGUGAUCGCAAAUUUAAACGGACCACUUGCAAACUGCAGGUGAAUUUGGCAUCCAGAUAUUCUUCAUUUAAUAUGAUCUCCCCUGGGGAUGUUUAGAGUCUAACAUUCUUGGCAAGACAGGGUUGUGUUUGAACUAGAUCCUGCCCUUACCAGGGCACCAAGAAGAAAGACACCACGCUAUGCACUGUAAACUUUUUUUAAUGCCAUGAUUAUCAGUAUUAACAAUGAAGAGUUUUGAAGAGAGCCCGAGGACAUAAUGCUUUUAGGGGUUCACCUCAUGCCUACUACUUGAUAUGAUAAAGAACUGCCAGGCAGGGAGAUAUUUGGCAGAUUUACUUUCCCUGCUUACCUAUGCAUUCAUUCUGGAGGCUUGGCCUGUUCCUGUUCCCACGCUAACCAGUCAACAUUGCCUUAUACACAGAUAUGCUGUAGCUUUCCAGGUAGCCUGUCUGCAACAGAGGUCUUCAAAGAAUGUGCUCUUUCCCAAGUCCUUCAGAGGCAAGAAACUCAAUUCCAAUAGUAUCCUUUCUUGUGAACACAGCAAAAUGUUGUUGAAAGCACAAAUUCAUCUCAUUUUCUUCAUAACUCUUAAGCAGGCCAUGAAUUGCAAAUGGCCUUCAUUUUGAUGAGUCCGUGGCAAUUAACAUUGCUGGUUUAAUUAGGCCAUAGUGAGUGACGGGUGGUCAGUUGGACCUCUGUAAUCUGCCCGCUCCUGAUAAAUGGCUUUAUCCACUUAGCCAAGUUAAAAAAGUUCUUCAGGCUCAAUAAAUGAGUGCAACGUGUAUGACCAUGCCUAUUGUAUUAUGAAUUUUGAUACCUUAGCCUUAGGAGUAGAAUUUUAAAUUCAUGGGUGACUCAGUGAUUCUUUGAAGAGCUUAGGUUGGAUCCAGGGAUCAUUCUGAGAGUGGAGUCAUGAAACACAUAAAACUCGGUGAUGUCAGUGCAUCUACUCUCUGAGUAAGUCUGCAUCCAAUCCAUUGUGACAAUGGAAGAGCAAGGGGUUAGAUCCUUUUGGCAUCAAAUCUUGUUUACAUAAAGAGAUAUCCUGAGAUAACAACCCUGAACUUCUUUCUGUUGUUUACAUGAUUAAGCUGUCAGUCAAGGGAAGAAAGAACCAAAAAGUAAGAUACAUUUGGGGCAAUAUGUUAUAAGUAAAUAAAUAAGAUAGCCCCUGAAUUGUUCAAUGACCUCCAGUUUCAUUGCUGGAUAAGUGUGCAAACAGUGUGGGAUGGUCAUUAUUUUACUGGCCGUACAAAGGUGAGGUGUAGCUUUUGAAAACUUGAAGUUUAUUGCUAAUUCUGUUUCACUGAGGAAGAACUGAUAAUGUAAGAAAUGUAAUUAAAAUAGAGCCAUAUAUUAAACUGACUAUGGUAUCUGAGCACUUAUAAAAUGUUAGCAGCAGUCUCUCGUAUUCUACAGAUCUAAUAGGGAAAAUGGGGAAAAAAUUAAAUUGCAAAGUUUGAAUUAGAAGAAGGGCAUUCACAACUUUACCUCUAAAUUGUACAAGUAAUACAAAAUUUGUUACAUUAUAUCACCUUACAAAGAAUGGGGAAAAAAUGAAAUUAAAAAUUUUAAAAGUGCAUGAAGCAAUGAUUUUGAUAUCCUGUAUGAUGGGAUACCAAGGCUGACAUCCAAAGAGCCCCCAUAUGGGUGCCUUUUGCAUCCAAAGGCUCUCCAAAAUUUGAUUUUGGAUGGCAAUGUCAUGGGGUGUGGUGGAUGCUGCUCAUGAGGGGUCCCAGCAUUCAGGAUUGGCUUUUCAGAUGGCACAGGGGUUUGCUGUGGGAAGGUUUCCAUCAUUCAAAUAGCCCCAGAGGACACUUGGAAAUACACACAAAGUCCUUGGAAGCAAUUUGACUGUUAUCUUGCGGUCACCAGCAACUCUCACAAUCCUACUGUUUUAUUUUUACCUGUGUAUAGAGACAGAGGACUUGGGCUUCCCAACCCAUAAACAUUCAAAUCAUCCAUCACAUACAGUUGUGUGUAUGUUAGUCUCCCCCUGCCCACAUUUUGUAUAGGAAAUAAGUUAUUAUCCAACUGCCAAUUAGCAUUCACUUGUAACUCCCAUUUGAAUUAAACCUAUUUGAGCCUAAUUCUAUGUACUCAGAAGUCCCAGUGACAUUAAAAUGUGAUUUUUAUGAAUGCGGUUUGGAUGGUGUUAAGAUAGUUUUAGGAUUAUUUAGGUGCAGGAAGUGAUUGACAAGUUAGCCAUGUUAAUCUGUUUCAGCAUGUGUAGCAGAAAGAAAAACAAAAGAUUUGUGGUGUCUUAAGGACUAAGAGAUUCUUUUCAGUGUGGGCUUUUGUGGAUCUCAGUGUGUCUGAAGAAGUGAACUGUAGUCCACGAAAGCACAAUCUGAAAUAAAUCUGUUAUCAUAUAAGGUGGCCCUACUCUUCUUUGGGUUUAGUUAUACAUGCAAAAAUUGAUUCAUGCACAUUACCUAUCCAAAAUGAAGCACUUUACCACCCCAUUGGUUUCCGUGGUAGAGUUAAGUGCAUGAAGGGGAUAGGCCAGAGCUGAAAAUGUAUAGUUGCAAAGCAAGAUGAUAGAUUGAAUUUAUGGUUAGUCCCCACUUGAAAGAGGGUUUUUGCGGGGGAAAGCCCUCCAACCAAUUUCUUGGCAGGCUGCUACCAGUCGGAACAGAUAGUGCUGGUCUUGAUAAACUGAUUCUCUAUGAAGCAUCUGCUGAAAUCAGUGGGACUCAGAAGCAUUUAAUUUUGCCUGAAUUGUGCCUAGUAAUGUUCUCCAGUCGGUUCAGACUUCUGGCAAAUGCAGGUGUUAAUUCCUGCAAAUGUAAACCUCGUGAAACUUUGUUCUAACUUAAACUUAAUGGAAAUGAUCCAUGCCAUGUCAUUCUUUAAGACAGUAUUUUAUGCUCAGCCAGGAUUUCAGUGCCUAUCUGUUUUAUGUCUACAAAAACCACUGCCUCUGGAAAUAUUACUGGCUGGCUGCAGCACUCAGUAAGCUGACUGAAUCCAUAGCUAUACAAAUGAAGUUUUGUGUUUUCCUAGGAUGAAUAUCAAAGGGACAAUCGUGUGCAGUUAAUAGAUAUAGUCAAUUGGUAUUAAUGUUUAUCCCUGUUAUAAAAUAUUUUACAGUUUUACUUGCAGAUGUGUAUUUAUCUUGAGUUAUACUUGACAUAGAGUUCCUUUCCAUUUUUUUAAUAAUGUGUGUGUAUUUUGGAAUAUCUUUUUAGGUGUUUAAAAUUUUUCAAUGGUUACAAAUAUUUCUUUGUAAUACUGAAUUAUUAUCUGGAAACUCUUUGCAGUAACCAUUUUUUCUGUAUAUAUUUGAGGGCCUUUAAAAAUACUAUUGUUUGUUCUGUUUGGGGUUUUUUAAGUGUUUUUACAACUCUGAAGCUUUCAAAAAAAAGGGCCUUGGUUCUCUACUAGAAUACUAACAGAGCUAAGAGUUUUCAUAAGUAUUAUACAAAAUUAAGGGUGUAUCCUCAAGAAAAUAUUUAUGGAAGGAAUUUGCUUUUUGUUUUGGUUUUUUUACAAUGCUUUUGUCUGUAUAAAGUAUGCAACAGAACUACAUUAUGAAGGAAAUAUUGUCUACAUAGAAUAUUAUAUGAAAGUUGGUACAUAAUUCUGACAAGAAGAAAAAACCCUUGCAAUUCUUUAAGCCAUAUUGUUGUUGUUGUUGUUGCGUUGUUGUUGUUGUCAUUGUUGUUGUCCUUUGGAUGAAAAUAUCAGUAUUAAGUAACCAGUAUAUUAUUCAGGUUUAGAACUUAUAUUAAUGUGCUUACUCAGUUUAUUUAUAUGUGUAUUUUGGAAAAAUACUGCCUUUUUUUAGAGAAGUUAUGACUGAUUUGGUAAAAAUUAGAUACACUAUCACUUUAUGAUCUUGAGAAAGACACACUAAUAGCCCAAUCCUGAAACAUCUACUUAUGACAGAGCUAUAAUGAUUGAUGCUUCAACACAGUAUUAUAGUGGCAUAGCUGGAACUCCUGUGCAAAUGGAUAGAACAGAAAAUGGAUGAUGUAAGUAUUUCCUCAUGUUAUGUUUUUUAGGUCCACACCCAAGGACUUUUUACAUAAAACUGAUACUUUAAAAAAUAGAACGAGUAAAUGCGACAAACCAGUGUUUGAGAAUUUUAAAAAUUAUCUAGAUUAACCUGUUAGCUGUAUCAUAUGUGAAAAGUUUCAAAGAGACCCUGUUUCAGAAAUACAGUAGGACCACAGGAUCAGUACCCAUGGUUUCAGAUAUUCUCUGCCUGAAAAUAUUAAAUUGAAAAACCUAGAAAUGUGUGUUUCCAAGGUAUAUUGCUGGAACUGGCCACUAGAGGGAACUGGAUACAAAUACUAUAGGGUUUUCAUAUCCGUGGUUUUUGGCAUCUAUGGGGGUGGGGGGGACCUUGGACUGAUCCCCUGCAGAUGCUGCAGUCCUACUGUACUGCAACAUCAUUAUGUUGUUAUUAUUUUGUGCAUUAUCACACCAGGGUGGUUGGAGACAGCAUCAUAGGCGUUUGGAAAAUCACCAGACUAAGAUCUACACUGAAAUGCUAGCAUUACAACCAUAGUGUCAAUCAGUGGCCACGACCAAGAGAUGGUUGGAUUGAUUUAAGUGUUUUGUGUUUAUUUUAUUUAGAAAACAUAAAAUGUUACAAUAUGCAUGCACACAUAUUAUAUGCAUCUUAUCCUUUAUGGUUUCACCUAGCUCCAUUAUAUUAAGGUUGUUUGUUUGUUAAGCCAUGCUAAAAUGGGAAAUCAGUUCUAUAUUGGACACAUACUUCCCUUCCAAUGUGUUAUUAAGCUCAUCAGUCACUACAUUGUAAAGGACUAAUCUUAUUAAUUUCUGCAGAUUUAGAUUAGUUUCAUUACUUAUGAAUUUAAAGAAAAACUAGCUGUACCCAAUGGUUUUUUUCCCUCAGUUUCGGUUGUAUAAUUUUCCUGUUCUGUAACUGGUUAUUAAUUUGUACAGCUUAAAAAUAAUAAUAAUAACAUUUCUAUGGACAUGGGCCUCAGCGGAGCAAGACUUAACCCAGCCUCCAGGGGUGACCCUGGUUAACUGGGUGUUUAAAAGACUGUCAGACCUCUGUUGAGCAUUGUCCAUAAAAUGGCAUUCCGACACGUGCCUUAUUUGCUGGAUAGUAUAUGACUUGCCUUUAGUAUUAUAGCAGUUUAAUGCUGUAUUAAAAAUAUUAUUGCAAAA